AUGGCACUUUUCCAUUUGACAAAUAAAUUGGAGAAAGACGCCGCUGUCGCCCCCGCCGAGGAUCAGCUAGAAAUUCGGAAUAAAGUUAAAGAGACUCGUUUGUCUGGUGCAAAUAAACCUGAACUGACGUAUGAUGUCUCCAGCAGCAGCGACGAUACCGAACGAGCUGCACUUCGUUUCGUAACAUCACCUGUAAAAAUUUUACGCCCCAUCAACAACCCUCGAGUUGAGACUAGAUGCAUCCUUCCCGGAAAUACGUCGACUCCGUGUCAGAAAACACUUGAAAAUAACGGACCCAAAUUGUAUAAGAGAUACCUGCAAGAACAAAAACGAUGGUCUAGGGAGAAAGCUGCAAAACUCAGGCAACUAAAGUCAACUUCUCUAAAGAAAAAUAAAGUUAAAAGCUCCUCUAAAGUCAAUAAUACAACUACUAUGCAAGAGAAUCAAACAGUGUUAGAGGAUAAUAACAGAAAAGCACAUGAAACUAACGAGCAAAUGCCAGAGUCUAAAGAGGUUGUUGUUUCGCUUCGUGAUUCCUCUGCCCAGGACACAUUGAAGAGUAAUGAGGAUCCAAAUUCGAGUUGUAUAACGAUGACCACGUCUGUUGAAUCUGAAAAAGAAGCGGAACCUGAGGAACGUUCAAAAGUAAAAAGCACAAACGUUACUACCGACUUGAUUAGUAAUUUGCAGGUACCUAUUGGAGAUGGGAACGCCAAAGUGCCAUCUAGCCUGCUGAAUAGGCUGAACUGGAGUUCCUACACCAAUGUGACUAGAAAGCUCCUCACCGCCGUAUUUUCGCGCAAUGUCCUCGCCACGCAUUCCCUGACUGGCAGACCUUCUCCAGCCUUUCCUGAUAAGCCGGCGAAAAAGAAACUAAACUCGGCGAUUGUCAACGACAUAGUACAAACCGUAGUUCAGAGAUGCAAUGUUGCAGAAAAUCUCGUAAGCAACAGCGACGACACCGAACUAGCUGAACUUCAAUUUGAUGAUCGUUUUGUAACAAUGACCACGUCUGAUGUAUCUGAAAUAGAAACUGAACCUGAGGAACGAACAAAAGUAAAACGAAAAAACAUUACAAUCGACUUGUAUCCUCGCCAUGCAUUCGCUGACUGGCAGACCAUCUCCUGCCUUUCCGGAUAA